UAUCCAUCAUCAUCUCAAUGCGGUAUCCAGCGCGCUGCACAACAGUGAGAAGGAGCUUGCGUGGCGCCGUCGGCGACCAGAUCGCUCCAAAAGCGGCUCCAUACUCUCCGUCCGCCCCCGUACUAUAAGUACAAUGGCCAGACAAACGACUAGCCCUCAUCAUUCCCACCGAUAUCCACGGCCAUGUCCAAGUCUGUCCUCAUAACAGGAUGCAGCAGCGGUGGCAUCGGCUACGCCCUUGCGCAGUCUUUUCAACGUCGCAACCUCGUCGUCUUCGCUACGACGCGAGACUUGUCGAAGAUGGUUGGGCUCAAGGAUCUUCCUAACCUGCACCUCCUCAGUUUGGAUGUCACGGAUCCGUACUCUAUAGCCGACGCCGUCGAAGCAGUCAAGCAAGUCACUGGCGGCCCGCUGGACUACCUCGUCAACAACUCCGGUCGCGGAUACUGGAUGCCUGCGCUCGACACCGACAUCGAAGAAGGAAAGAGACUAUUCGACGUGAACUUCUGGGGCCCUCUACGGGUGACGCAGGCACUCUCCCCAUUGUUAGUUGCCGCUAAAGGCACGGUGGUCAACAUUGGAUCCAUCAACGGGUAUCUUAAUGUUCCAUAUGCCGGAAUCUACAGCGCUUCCAAGGCAGCCGUGCAUGUCUUGGGCGAGACUAUGAGAGUUGAGCUGGCGCCGCACUCCGUCUCCGUCCUGACCAUCGUCAUCGGAUCCAUCGACACUGGUCUCCACAACAAAUUUCCUGCGCCCAAGCUUCCGUCCAACUCCCUAUAUACUCCGCUGGAAGGAAAGGUGCAGGAUAGCGCGCAGGCCAGGGACUUUAUAAAGCGACAGAAGCCGGAGGGCUACGCCGAAGAAGUGGUGACAGAUAUUCUAGCCGGGAAGACAGGCAAAAUCUGGCGAGGAAAGAAUGCGCUGAAGACACGCUAUGGUCGUAUACUCCUGCCUAUGAGCGUUCAGGACCACAUUCUGGUCGCGCAUAGUGGACUAAAAGACCUGGUAAAGAAGUGAGGAUAUACUGAUGGACGAGGGUACUCAUGGACGAGGAUACUAGCAGGCCAGAAUAGUCUUGCUUAAAUUAUCGUCAUGACUAUUCGCCCACCUGCUUGGCUUCCAUGAUUCUCUCGGACCAUGGUGGAUAUGGUGUCUUCAAUGAGGCCUUGAAGCACGACGGCCUG